UUGAACAAAUGUUCCCUGGACAUAAUUACACUUACGAUUGAGCACAUACAGAAGGAACUACUCACGGUUACCGAACAAGUGAGUACACUUGAAACCCAAAUUUCGCAGAUAGCGAACCAGGAAGAGUGGGCGGCAACCAAAUCGCAGAUUGACAACAUCUCACAAAGGUUCCGGUUGGAGCUCGAGACCCGGAAGAGAGACAAGUUUCUGCGUGACGCGGAAGACUACAGCAGCGGGCGAGUAUACCGGUGGACACCGGGACGUCCAUACACCACUCCCUCCUACUUCCGGGGUCGCAAGACACAGGCGCGGGUGCCACGAGGGGCACGCCGCGAGGGACGGCAGGAGGCCGGACGCAGUAGUUCAGGGGAGACAUCCUCGCAACGCGCAUCGGAUUCCUCCGGAUCUUUUGCUUUUUUAGGCGACGACAGCGCUCCCUCAAGCAGCGGGGAACGCGAAGGAGGCGCCCCAGAACCCGGCGCGGCAGCUGCGACCAAACCACGACAGACGAGGGUCACUCACAAGGCGGCACCCAAGAAGGGACUUCAAUCGUGAUUAACAUCUCUAAAAAGGUACUGUCACAAUCUGAACUGAAUUUGUUACAGAAGGGUUUAUCUUUUUGUCCAUCCUCUAAGCUGGAUACCUUUUCGCUGGACAUUGACCUGCAAAGGUUCUAUAGACUCUUACGUUUAAAAGUUCAGUUCAUGGAUAAAGAAGUUAGAGGGACUAAGGCUGAUAUUGGAGCAUUAACUCCACAACAAUUUGAUUUGUAUAAAAAGAGCAAAUACCUUCCCCCUACUUCUUUUCAUCCAGUGGAAACUGUUAUAUCCCUUAUGUCUAGGGAUAUUAAUCAGUUCAUACAAGAUCCCAAGGGGCUUAGAAAUAUGCGGUAUAAUAACAACUUAACUCAAAUUGAACGGGAGUCCCUUAAAGUGUUGAUGGGAGAUAAAGAUGUGAUAUACAAACCAGCUGAUAAGGGGGGAGCAUUGGUUAUCUUGGAUAGGGAAUACUAUAUACAGGAGAUAUUGAGCCAAUUGAGUAAUAGAGAUACCUAUAUACAGCUUGAUAAAGAUCCCACUGAUGAAAUUACUGGCUUAAUAUCUGAAGUAUUGUCUCGCUAUCAUGAACAGGGUGUAGUGACUGAUAGUUUGAAGGAUUACCUUACAAAAGAAUUUCCAUGUAUACCAGUGCUCUACACCCUCCCCAAGAUACACAAGAAUCUUCAAUCCCCUCCAGGACGUCCCAUAGUGGCCGGCGUUAAUUCGGUCUUAUCCCCGUUAUCAAUCUUUUUGGAUAAAGUACUAGCGCCUUUUGUCCAGUGUGAUCUCAAAUGUUGCGUGUUAAGCGCAUAGUUACAGAGGAGGAACAGCUCAAUACACGUUUGGAUGAGAUGACCAUGAAGUUUACACAGAGGGGCUAUCCCAGACAGAUACUUGAUCAGGAGGUAGCCAGAGUGAAGG